CAAGACACAGAGCUCUCAGUGUAGGGAGAAACAGGGAAGAGAUGUAAUAGGAAACUUGGUUUCUAUGAAAUUUAGUAAUAUUUACAAGAAAAUAAUAAUAAUAAUAACAUAAAGAAUCAUCAAAAAUCCCUCUUUAACUUAAUAGCCUGCCCAUAGGAUUUUUAGAUUUAGUUCAGGUUAUUGAAGGGCAUUUUACACUCACUAUUCUGACACUUUUGUAAAGAUGUGUGAGGCAGUUAGUUAGCAAGCUAGCUAGCUAAGGCGGCAGGAGGAGAACAAAAGAUUUUUUUUUUCAGUUUUGACCGGUUGCACUGACACCAAGUCCAUGCAGAACGUGUCAUCACCAACACAAUGCCCGUGUUACUUUUUCUGAUAGACACGUCCGCGUCAAUGAACCAGCGCACCCAUCUGGGCACUACCUAUCUGGACAUUGCAAAAGGCGCUGUUGAGACUUUCAUGAAGCUUAGAGGCAGAGAUCCGGCGAGCCGAGGGGACCGGUAUAUGUUGAUAAAUUUUGAGGACGUUCCCCUCGGAAUCAAGGCUGGAUGGAAAGAGAGCCAUGCCACAUUCAUGACAGAGCUGAGGAACCUUCAAGCAGCAGGACUCACAACUAUUGGCCAGUCUUUGAGGACCGCUUUUGAUUUGCUCAAUCUCAAUAGAUUAGUGUCUGGGAUAGACAACUAUGGACAGGGCAGGAAUCCCUUUUUCCUGGAGCCGUCCAUCAUAGUGGCCAUCACCGACGGCAACAAGCUGACCAGCAGUGGCGGAGUCCAGGAUGAGCUCCACCUUCCCCUGACCACUCCUCUGCCGGGCAGUGAGCUGACCAAGGAGCCGUUCCGUUGGGACCAGCGUUUGUUCUCCCUGGUGCUGAGGAUCCCUGGACACGCCACUGUAGAGCCUGAACCACUGGGAGGAGUCCCCCCCGACGACUCGGCCAUCACCCCCAUGUGCGAGGUCACCGGAGGUCGCUCCUACAGUGUGUUCUCCCAGCGCAUGUUGAAUCAGUGUCUGGAGUCUCUACUGCAGAAGAUCCAGAGUGGAGUGGUCAUCAACUUUGAGAAGACUGGCCCGGACCCCCCUCCUGGAGAGGAUGAGACCCUGAAGCCCGGCCCCCAGUCGUGGCACUGCUGCCACAAGCUGAUCUACGUACGACCCAACCCCAAGACUGGUGUGCCCAUCGGACACUGGCCCAUUCCUGAAGGCUUCUGGCCCGACACGAACUCCCCCACCCUGCCCCCUCGCUCGGCCCACCCCCACGUGCGUUUCUCCUGUCUGGACUCAGAGCCCAUGGUGAUUGACAAGGUUCCCUUCGACAAGUACGAGCUGGAGGCUUCACCUCUCACACAGUACAUCCUGGAGAGGAAGUCCCCUCAUACCUGCUGGCAGGUGUUUGUAAGUAACAGUGCCAAGUACAGUGACCUGGGCCAGCCCUUUGGCUACCUGAAGGCCAGCACGGCUCUCAACUGUGUCAACCUCUUCGUCAUGCCCUACAACUACCCUGUUGUACUGCCUCUACUGGAUGACUUGAUCCGGGUGCACAAGUUCAAGCCCACCAUUAAAUGGCGUCAGUCAUUUGAGAACUACCUGAAGACCAUGCCUCUUUAUUACAUUGGGUCCCUCCGGAAGGCGCUAAGGAUCAUGGGAGCUCCUAACCUCCUGGCCGACAACAUGGAGUAUGGUCUGAGUUACAGUGUGGUGUCCUACCUCAAGAAGCUCAGCCAGCAGACCAAGAUAGAGUACGAGCGGCUGAUAGCAUCUGUAGCUAAGAAGGUGGUAGCGGAGGGUGGCAUCAAGGUGCGUGACCGCGGUGGGGACAUCUCUCUGGCCCAGCGCAGAGACUUCACUCAGCUUCUGGCCAGCAUCACAGGAGAGACGGCCGCCCUGCCCCUGGAGCUAAACUCUAAAGAGUUCUCUGGCUUUCAGCUGGCUCCUCUCAACAAGAGUCUGAAACCUCAGGGUUUCCGGAACGCCUACGACAUUCCCAGAAUGCACCUCCUGGAUCAGCUGAGCCGCAUGAGGAGGAACCUGCUUAGCACCACCUGUCUGCUCCGGGGACAGGACACAGACCAGCUGCACAGUGUGCCCAUCGCCCAGAUGGGGAACUACCAGGACUUCCUCAAAGCCCUUCCCCAACCCCUCAGAGAUGCAGACCCUGAACAGCCCAAACGCCUGCACACCUUUGGAAAUCCUUUCAAACUGGACAAGAAGGGGAUGAUGAUUGACGAGGCCGAUGAGUUUGUGACGGGUCCCCAGAACAAGGGCAAGCGUCCGGGGAGUGACUCCAACAUGCACGGGGUCUGGGGUGGGGGUCCUAAGAGACGACGGUGCAUGUCCCCUCUACUGCGCCCCGGCAGAGCCUAUUCGCCCCCCGUCAGCCCUGCAGCCAGCCCCUUCAGACCCCCCAUCGCCGAGUGCGACCAGAGUGAGUCAGACUCAGAGGCUGUGUUUGGAAACCUCUACAACCCAGAGACGUGUGAGACCGGGACAACGGUCCAACCAGGAGAGAUCCUCUCUGGACCCCUUCUAGACGGCCCCGGCACAGGGAACCGCAUGGAGGCUGAUGGGGACACUGAGGAGGAGAACGGGCUUCCCAGGGAGGUGGAGCUCUCAGAGGGCAGUGAGGAUGGAGGAGAGACUGUGGGUGUGGUGGAGGAGCAGUGCCCGGCCCGGUACCCCUCCCCCGCUGAGCUGAAGAAGGUGAUGAACAGCGAGAGUCUGGAGGUCAACACCGAACUACGAGCCCUCAUCACCAAGGAGAUACGGAAACCCGGGAGACACUAUGAAAAAAUCUUCUACUUCCUGAAGCAGAUCCAAGGAAGCUUUGACACACGGUUGAUAUUUCUCCAGAACAUUAUAAAAGAAGCUGCAAGGUUCAAGAAGCGGGUGCUGAUAGAACAGCUGGAGAACUUUCUAGAAGAGAUCCAUAACAGAGCCAACAAUAUGAACCACCUGGACGGGUUCUAAUGGACAACUCUUCACUCCCCGGACCCUCAGACCUAACCCCUCCUCCCCACCCUCAGCCCUCAACCUGCAGCCCUUACCCAGGCUGAAAUAUUCCUAUAGAGUAGGGGCAUAUACAGUGUAUGAACUAACCCAAGCAAUGAAAUGAGUGCUGUUGGCCUGUCUGUCUCUGUCCGUGUAUACUGUGUGACGCGUGUCUCAUCAGUGAUGGUAUGGUGAACUGAUAUUGCUAAGGGAGGGGGUUCAAAUUCGAUUGUAAAAAGUUUCCAACAACCUCAUGGCCAAAAGAGGAACACUGAUGUUUUAGGUUUCAAAUGAAUCUUUAGGUGGCUUCAUGUUUUGUUUUGUUUUUUCAUUUUCUCUUUCUAGUCAUCUCUCUUUCUAGUCAUCUCUCUUUCUAGUCAUCUCUCUUUCUAGUCCUCUCUUUCUAGUCAU